UUAUGCUGCAUUUCCUGAGGCACCGUAGAGGGUAGAGGCUCUGGUGUGCCUUCUUGAGCAUGACCUCCGUGUUGUGGGUCCACGCUAGGUCGUCAGAGAUGUGUAGUCCCAGGAAACGGAAGCAACUGACAAUUUCCACCGGUGUCCCGUCUAGGCUGAUGGGGGAGUGGGUGCCUCAGUGGCUCAUGAAGCCCACAAUGAGCUCUGUAGUCUUGCUGACAUUCAGUGCAGAUCUUUGAAAUCAUUCCAAGGAAUCAGAGCUCUUCUGUGGGUUCAACAUACUGUGUCAGGAACUACACUGCUACCAUUAUGCUGUUCUCUGCAUUGGAAAUAUAAGAGAUCAUUUUAAUGAGAUAAAUGCUGAAAAAUACUGACAGCACUGAACACAGCUGUGUGUGUAGUGUCUUCUCUGUUUGAAUAGAGGUUUAUAUAAAAGUCAACUUGUUUAUAUGAUGAUCUGUGUUUGUGUAAGUUUAUUAAUAAAAAAGUUACACAUGAAUUGUAUUCAUUUGAAAAUAUGGAAAUGUUUAAUAGCUCAUACAGGCCAAGGAACAAGCUGCCCAAGGCACUUCAAUAAAAUAUAAAUAAUGAAUGAAUGAAUGAAUCCAUUCACUGGUGCUGCUAUUGUUCCUAAUCAUUCCAGAUUAAAGCUGGCCUUGAGAACAUGAAGGCCUCUUCUGCCCUUUUUCUCCCUCUACUCCUGUCCCUCAGCAAUGCUCAGGUACCCCACUGGGGUACCUGUCCAGAGCCCCCGCUCCAGCCAAACUUUGUCUUGAAAAAGUUCCUUGGGACAUGGUAUGAAGUUGCAAAACUUCCAGCCCAGUAUGAAAAAGGGAGGUGCAUUGAGACUAACUUGACCAUGAAUGCGGAUGGGACUAUUAAAGUAUCCAGCUCAGAAAUACGGAAAGGACAGUUGAAGACUCUGGAGGGGACUGGUAUCGUUGAGGACAUUAAUCAGCCAGCCAAACUCGGAAUCAGCUUCUCUUUCCAUAAAGUCGCACCUUACUCCCCGUACUGGAUUAUAUCGACCGACUAUGACAAAUCGGCACUGGUUUACUCCUGCACUGACAUCCUGAGGGUUUUUCACGUGGACUUCGCCUGGAUCCUGGGCCGCACACGCACCCUUCCGGCAGACACCAUCAACAAAGCGAAAGACAUUUUUACCAAAAGCAACAUUGAUGUCACUAGGAUGGUUGCAUCUAAACAGCAGGGCUGUGACAAAGAGUUUUGAACGGCCAAAACGCAAAAAUGUCUAAUGGAGAUUACAAUGGUGGAUAGGUUAAGGAAAGUACAAAAACAAAAAUUCUAUUACCUAUUUGAGGUCCAUCUGACGGACAAACUUGUGACCCAGAAAUGCGUAAUUCAAUCAUUUAUUUCAAAGCUUUUUUCAGGGAAAAUAUGUAUUUUUAAUCAUUACUGAAUAUCUAUAGGCCUGUAUAUUGAUGUUUGAAUUAGCUUGUGGCUUUUAUAUUUUUUCUAAAUAAGUACAUAACCAGUCUUAUUAAACAAUGUAUACAAUACUAACAUGCAAAUCGAUACCAUGGUAUUGUAAAUUUGCUGUAAAUAAACUUCAGUAUCUGAAACAAAUAGGUCAUAAUGUGUUCUCAAUUUCUGGUAUCUCUCCCUUUUUUCAGUUAACAAUGUGGAAUUCUGCUGCCACUGUGUGGUCUAGGUGAAAAUAGCAUUAUGUGCCUAAUAAAAAUUUCACUUGUCUAGCAUACAUACAUAUAGAAUACUACAGAAAACAUAUUUGUGAACACAAUUUUUGAAACUUAGUAAUAAUAAUAAUUAUACAUUUUAUUCAUGCAGUGCUUUUCAACACCCAAAGCAAUGGAUGCACAGAAUUGUUCGAACGGAGUGUACAGUGCAGUUAAAAGGUACUUGCCUUCAGUUCAUACAGGGUACACAGGAACUGGGCAGAGUAGUAGAACCAGGGGGCCAGAGAUUUUCAUUCUACGUGAAGCUCAUAAACUCCACUGGUUACUCGAGGUAUUGCGGUUUAGUAAGCCUCCGGUGCCAAAAAAGUAAAUUUCCCCAUUGAAGUCCAUUCAAAAUUAUACAUUUACCCUGGCCAAAUGAAAUUAUUUUAAACUUAA